AUGGACUCAAGCAUCACUGCAAUGACGUCAUGGGGAAUGGCGAGAAUCUACUGGUCCUCCAUUAACACCUACCCGGCAAUAACUCUAGGUAGCAUGAAAUACUGGCGGUGGGCCGGUGCCGUGGCGGCAUUUACGGUAGACCUGCUUGUGUACCCAUUGGACACAAUUAAGACUCGGUAUCAGAGCCAGGGCUACCUUGGUUUGAAGAAUAAUUUAUCGUCCACGAAGGGAACACCAUACACGGCCCUGAGAGGAUUGUAUCAAGGGAUUGGAAGUGUCGUCCUCGCAACCCUCCCUGCUGCUGCCGUCUUCUUCGCCAGUUACGAAUCGACUAAGCCUCUUCUCAGGCAUAUAUUACCCAACGCAGUUCCGGGUCCCGUCAUCCAUGCCUUCGCAUCGGCCGGCGCUGAGAUGGCCUCAUGCCUUGUUCUUACGCCGGCCGAGGUGAUUAAACAGAACGCUCAGGUACUGCAACGAUCGGGAUCGUCUUCGCUCGGCCAAUCGUCCUCCUUACAGGCCCUUCACAUGCUACGUCGCAACGGGGCCGGCGUGACACGGACGCUGUGGAGAGGAUACACCACGCUGCUUGCUCGAAACUUGCCAUAUACGGCAAUUCAGUUUCCUACGUUCGAAUAUCUUCGGGCUUGGAUAUGGAGGCAACGGCGGCAGGGUCACCAUUCUGAGAAGGCUUCAUGGACCACCCCAGAAACAACGGACGGCGGAAUGAGUGUGGCAACCCAUGAUAGUAGCUUCCGCCCUCUCCUCGCCGAGACAGGGCUGGUAACGGCGAGUGCCGCGGCGAUUUCUGGGUCUUUUGCAGCAGCCAUAACGACACCGGCUGAUGUUGUAAAAACGAGGGUGAUGCUCGGAAACAGAAACGACCCACAGGGACCGAGCGGCGUGGUAGAAAUUGUGAGGAUUGUCCUCCGCGAGAGCGGAAUCCGAGGUUUGUUCCGAGGCGGCUCGUUGCGUGCGGCAUGGGCAGCGCUCGGAAGUGGGCUUUAUCUGGGCUCGUACGAGUUAACAAAAGUUUGGCUGAAGCAUCGGUUGCCAUAG